AUGGUGAAGUUCGAAGGAGACUUUAGUAUUAACGCUAUAUUAAUGAACCACGCGGUGGCCAAGCCGCCUCCCUCGCCGACCACCUCCUCCACGGCGACCCCCUCCGAGGCCGACCUCAGCGACUCGGAGCUGGACGUGACGGGCACCGGCUCCGAGCCCGUCGACUGCUCCAAGCCCAGGACCGAAGACGACACCAAGGAUAAGAAACACGAGAAACCGGCCUACAGCUACAACGCGCUCAUCAUGAUGGCCAUACGGAAUAGUCCCGAGAAACGGCUCACGCUGAACGGCAUCUACGAGUACAUCAUGACAAACUUCCCGUACUACAAGGAGAACCGACAGGGCUGGCAGAACUCUAUUAGACACAACCUGAGUCUGAACAAGUGUUUUGUGAAAGUGCCGCGCCACUACGACGACCCCGGCAAGGGUAACUACUGGAUGUUGGACGCCUCGGCCGAGGACGUGUUCAUCGGAGGCACCACGGGCAAGCUCCGCCGCCGCUCGGCUCUCAACGGCAGGUCCCGUCUGGCGUGUUUCAAGCGGCCUCUGUUCCCGGGCGCGCCGCUGGCCGGUCCAUACCCUCCUGCCACAUACUCUCAGCUGGUCGGCCUGUACUCGCAGCUGCUGUACCAGAGGUACGCGCCGAUGCAGAUGAAGACUCCUCCGGUCACACCGGGCCCAGUUCACCCGGCCUUCAGGAACGAGAUGUCGUACUCCAGCCUCCCGUACUCUCCCCUGUACGGUGACCGCCUCCCCUCUGCUCCUUUCUGCCAGCCCCUGGUCCACUCGCCGCCCACCUCCGGCUCCUCCAGCCCCGAGCUGAGCUCCCCCUCCCCGUCCCACCACCCUCUAUCGCCUCACAUCUUCAAGCCGGUGACUGUUCUCACGCGACAGUGA